AUGCCGUCUCCCGCCCCUCCGCAUCGCCCCUCCAAUCACGGGGGUAGCACCAAAUCGACUCCAGCCAAACAGAAACCGUUGGAUAUCGGACAGCCACUGGGAGUUUAUGACACUAACUCGGUGCGAGCGAAGGUCCGCAGAUGGCAACAACAGGGUGGAGGAGUGAUCACUGCCGACGAGGUCUACUAUGAUGACGAAGACGAGAAUUCGAUCGCCGAAUCAAUCCCCAAGAUCACCAAGGAAAAGGCACCCAUCGCAAGCUCUACCACUCGCAAGCGCAGUAAAAGCACCCCCCGGAAACGAGUUAUUAGCGAUGAGCACUGGAGGCUGAAUCGGAGCUCUACAACCCAGAUCCCUCCGCCGAAACUACCAACACCCAGGCGUAUCGCUGAAUAUACGGUAAACGAUCCGGCACAGGCUGCGGGCAAGGGAAGUGACAAAGGUCGAUCGCCCUUGACGUCUCGUAGUACGGAAAAAAUUGGCACAACCUCAGAGUUACCGAGUAGGGACCGGAGAAAGUCUAGAGUGUCUCGAGACGCCGACUCAGUCAUUACCAGCAAGAUCGAAGAGGAAGUUACUUCGCAUAAUGACUUCUCCAAAGGUGCCUCGCGACCCACGAGCGCAGGGAAGUCGCAGCUGGUGGCUAAAUCAGAACCCUCCGAAAGCACUGGGAAAAAAGAAGGUACAAUGGAAGAUGAUACGGAGUGGGGGGGUAGCGAUGCCGAUUUCUCAGAGCUGUCACGAAGACGAGCGAAAGGCCCAAAUCUGCCGAAAAAUCGUGCUCCUCUGAAACCCCCCAAGGGCGGUAUAUUUGGACACAUGCUGGACGAAUCGCGGAAGAUGUUCGGCAAGCCAGAACCCCCUAAGCCGACUCCUAAUAUUAACCGUGGCGCGAAGAUUGAGGCAUGGUUGACGGACAUGUCUGACCCGUUUAUGGACGAUAUGGGUCUGGACGUGGAAGUCCCUGCACCUUUGAACACUAGGGCCAAUAGGACGAAACAGUCUCCAAAACGAGAGCAGAACCAUGAUCGUGCGGUCGAUACGGACAUAGAGGGCAAAGUGUGCCGGAAAAGCACCAACAAAAAGCACGUGAAAAGCAAGGAGGAUUUGUCUGCUAGUGAGAAUGAGAGGCGGCCGGUAGACGAGAAGGUGGUCUCGAGGGAGUCCUCUAGCAGGAAGAGACCGAACGAGCACAAGUCUAGCCGGUCAUCUCCCAGUGUCAAAUCAAAUACGAAUCGUGAGAAAGCCAACAUUCAGAAGGAAGAGACAGAUACAGAGACUCAUCUUUUCUCAGAUGGCUCCGAGGUAUCAGGCAACAGUUCCCCCGUUCCGCUUAACCGGAAACGACAAAUGCCUAGCACAGGUCUCCAUACAUUGUCCACUAUUGCGUCUGUGGAGUCUAUGAGCAAUACUGGCGAUAAGCAUUCUCAAGCACCUCUUUCUGAGCUGCCCUCAAAGGAGCAGUUGUCGACGGCGGCCGCUGAAGGGGAUCAGGAGGAAAGGGACCAAUUUGAUCCCAACUCACUCCCUGUGGUCUCUACGCAGUUGAAGAGACGCCUUACCACCCAUGAUGAUCUGAUAUCCGUCCUUUCUGCUCCAAAUGGAAGGAGUAGGAGUCUCCGGUCCGCUCGGAGCAUCAGGACGAAUAAGAGCCGUAUUGCAACGGCGACCAUUCCAGACCUCCUCAAAGAGCUAUCGGCAGAUGAAGUCAAAUACAUGCGCGAGCUCAAGACAUUAGUUGGUGGUGUGAUACCGGUGCUUCUCACAUGUGUUCUUUCAAAAUCAGACUCGGCCAUUGCUGCUGGCCUGUUUCGACCGUCCAUGGACACCAAAGAUGAACUCAAUUUUACCAAACCAAUAGUGGACAUGGGCGUGGCGGUUGAGCGAUUGAAAACGCUGCAUAAACGAGUCCCCGAAGACAACGUGGAUUCCUUGCUCAGCUGGGCCCAAGGAGCACAAAGGGUAUACCGCGAAUAUCUGAAAGCAUGGAGAUUAGGCUUUAAGGAUGUUGUUGUUAAUCUGGCUCCUCUUGAGGAAGGAGAGGGCACAGAGAACGCGGAUACUAAGAGCUUGGAUGAAGGAAUGGCCCGGGAUGAAAACGGAGACGUGGUGGACGCAGAUGGUGAGAAGGUUGACGUUGCAUAUCUGCUAAAACGCCCCUUGAUCCGUCUGAAAUACUUGGCGAAAACUUUCAAGGGGAUCAAUAUACUUCAACCCUCGCCAAAGGCCGAGGAAGUAGCUACGGCAUACCAAAGCCUUGUCACCGAUGCUCGCCGCCGAGCGCGCGAUGAACGAGCCAGACUGGAGGAUGAAUCGGCUGCCUGUAUCGAUGCCACCAGAGCUCGGGACCCUGCUACGCUGGGGCCACUUACGGAUGUUAAGAUUGAGAAAGGCCGUCGAGUUCGGGCUCGAGACUUCUUCAACUUAUCGUUAUAUCAUUCGAGCGGCCAAGUCAUAGAUUGCCGUGCGGAGCUACUGCUGAGAGAAUACGACGCAGACAACAGAACCGGAGGGGACUUGCUGAUCUGCGAGAUUGAUCAUUCCGAUCGAUGGCUUCUGUUCCCCCCGAUAGAUACAGCCCAUGUCUCUGCUCGUAACGGUGAUGCAAAGGGGGAGAUUGUGGUCAUGUUGCGCAGUGCUCCCGGACCAGCGAAACCAUGGCAAGAACUCCUAUCACUCCGAAUCGAUGAAGAGGACGUUGGUUUCGAAUGGAUCCAAAUGUUAGGACUCAAUCCCGUCCCACCUGUUAUUUGUCGGAGCCAGAGCUUCAUCGAACGCGCGAGACAACGGCAACGAGCACAAACAGCUACGUGCAAUGAUGAUUCCUCGACCCAGAAGGUCCCUACGAGCCCUACGACUAUGGACGUUCCUAUUGGGGAAAAAGUGACCACUCGUACCCUACGACGCUCCUCGGCUCAAGAGCAAUUAUCUGAUCCAAGUACCGUGGGCUCUUUGGCUAACGAGUCUCAAAUAUCCGCUCAAACAGAAAUUACUCGAGAGUCGAACCAUGCUGUGACGGACCAGCAGUCUUCUACAAAGCCUUCGCCACAACCCCAGUCCUCCAUUCUUCAUGCUAGGGACCCUCGAAAGAUUGCGACUGGCGAUGACCGAUCGCCUGCCGGCCUCAAGCGAUCUAAAGCGAAGAGAAUCGCAGCACGAAACGAUGAGAGCGCUCCCUCGAGUCCUAGCUUGCCAAAAGACUCCAUUCCGGAACAUGACUUGGCUCCUUCCACUCCUCGCCGGCAACAUGAUGAUGCCAACAGCGUUGAGCUACAGAAGAAACCACAGGAAAAACAAUAUCCGCCUCAAACCCCGACAACGGAUGUCCCCGAAAGCUCUCCAAGGGUGUCAUCCGUCCCAUCCAUGAAUCUGCCUCUGAUCCCAAAGAUCCGACAAGAAAGUAGCCAGUCGUACAUUACUGAGUCUAUAGAGUCCCUGUCAGAUGAGGAAUAUGCCCCACUGGAUCUGCAAAGCUCGCCGGAGAGUCCUACAAGGAAGAACAAGAGCCACUCCCGGUCGAACUCGGACUCUAUCGAUCAAAAUAAUGGGGAAGAACCUCCUGCGCCACCACCACACUCUCGUUCCCCCAGCUCUACUUCAGGAUCCAGUCUUCUCAACACUCCUGUUCUUAGCCCAAGCGGCGCCCGGCCUCGUCGCCGCGGCUCUUCCCCAUUAAAGCAUGAAUAUGAGCCGUCUACGGCGUCCGACUCUUAUUCUGAUUCCGAGACUUCUACUGUCCGGCGCUACGACUUGUAUUCGGAUUCAGACUGCACCGCAUCCGAUAGCUCGGAUGAUGAAUCGGAGGACGACCUCCCCCCAGUCAAGGAUCACGAUACCUCUAAACUGGCAGUGCAGGCUUCGUUCAUUACACCUGUACCUAGCUCUCUGUCUCCAUCUAACUCCGCAUCUCAGGGUGGUUAUAGAACAGUUCCUCCGCAGCCUGAAAAGUCAACCACUGCUGUUGCCUCCGUCUUUGCGUGGUCGGAUAAAGGCUCCUGGGAUAGUGUUUUUCCCGAUGACUGCAAGUUAAUUGUCAGCCCUGGUCUUGUCGAGGCUUAUGAGAUGAAGGAUGCAGCCGCUGCAGAGGAGGGCAUAUUCUUGAAGAAAGCUCGACCGGUAGUUGCACUAGAGCUCACACCACUGGUGCCCAUCCGGCGUGGUACAGCCAUUGAUAUUAGCAUCCGUUCUCCUCCAACUGAAAGAUCGAAAGUCACCUGGAGCAAUAACAUCAUGUUCCGGUCCAAGAACGCAGAUGAAUGCGAAGCCCUUUACGGACUCAUUAACCAUGCACGCAUCAAUAACCCGACUUACAUAGCUUUGCAAAAUGCAAGAGGCCCUCUUGCCGACCAGCCGAUCCCUGUUGAUCGUCCCAACAAGUCUGGAGGUUUGUUCGGCUGGCCACGUCGCAGGAGGAGCUACCGUGCUUCAGCUUCACCUCGGUCCCUCGCCGACAAUUCCGAGAGUAGCGUAGGGACCAUGAGCAGUGCGUUCUCGGCGCUGAAGCGCUUUGGGGCGGGAAGCAAGAUGUUCAGUAUUUCGCGGUCCUCUGUCACUUCUCGCAGUCUUAAAAAUGAAGAUAGCUUGUACUCAAGCUCCGCAGGCUCUGGCUCAAACCAUUCACCCAGCUCAGGUCUUGGUAGGAUUGCAGCGGCCAUUAAAGGUGUCGAUGGUAUUGGCCUCUCGAAUGCCAAGAUCCGGCUCUACGUGCGCGAGACUCAAACCAAGUGGCGCGACAUGGGUGCAGCAAGGUUGACUAUCAUGCCAUCGACUCGGGAAUCCUCCAAUCCCGAGAUAGCAAUGACUGGACAAGUCGAUUCAAACGAUGCAGCUGAAGGGACCGACGGAAGCCCACCCGGCUCUGUAACCGUGUCGCCUCAUCGGGGCUUGGAAUCUGAAAAGCGUAUUCUCAUCCGCGGCAAGAUGCGUGACGAGGUGCUUCUUGACGUCUGCUUGCCUGAAAGCUCGUUCGAGCGUGUGGCAAGAACUGGGAUCGCUGUCUCCGUGUGGGAAGAGUCUGCAGGCGGUGCUAUGCCGAAGAAAGGCGGCGUCACUGGCGGGUUCUCCAGAAUAUACAUGAUCCAGAUGAAGAGCGAAGCUGAAGCUGCAUAUACCUUUGGGCUUGUAGGCAAGCUCCGAUACUAG